CCUCGCACGUUUUUUUGUGCUGUCUUUCUCUUCCCUCCCUUGCGAUUGAUCCACGGCAGCCUUGGUGGCUGCAGCCGUGUCUCGACACUGCUCGCAUAUCUCUAGAUCACAGGUCGUACAAAUCAACAGCCGCUCACCGGCGCGAACAGGGCUGCCACAAUACUUGCAAACACAUUUGCCCGAAUUGCUGGUUACAUGCCGUUUGCGGCCAUGCACUCUGGGGCAAUUGAAUUGGAAGUCAAGCCGCAGAACUGGUUCGCAUCAUCAGGAACGCGGCCAUGACGACUCACAGCCACAUGUGCUCGGACUGGUGGAGGCACAAGGGGAGCAUCAGUUGGAGCACGAGGCAUAUCAGAGAGAUUGGCGAGAGCUUGCCAAGCCUCUUUCGGAGAUCGUCCAACAGGUUCAAUGGGUUGGCGCCAGUAGUGUACUUCAUCAUGCCAAGAGGGUCCUCGCAGCAGCUGGGGCGAAGCUAUUUCGCACUAGAGCAUAGCCAGUGAACAAACUGCAAACGGCGCUUGUCACUCAGGGCCGCGUACUUGUUCACGUAGUCGGCCAAGGCAUCCGAGGGUUGAGAAUCAGCUCUAGGGUAACCAUCGGCAUGAGCAGGAAUGUCAGGAAGAUAUUCAGCGCGAAGAAGUUCGCGAAGAUCAGCGGCACGAACAGGGACAGCACAAACACGUGACAUACACGAGGUAGGUUGCACGCCAAGGGAUGGCGAAGAAGAGCAGCGCGAAAGAGAAUAGUGAGGACUGAUCGGGGUAGCGACAAGUUCGGUAGCCGAUUCCGCUACUUCUGCAGGUAGCAUUUCUGACAACACCAGGACGCGUCGUGGUUUGGGUAAAAGCACAUUGGUCAACUGCACCAACGAUUCUUCUACAGUUAGAAGGCGCUUGCGCAACACCCGCAGAGAAUCUUCAGAAACAUGGCCACGACGCUCGGCAGUGACGCCACGAUACUGCUUCUAAGGGUCGACAGGAGCACGAAAAAGGACUUCAGGAGAAGAAACACCGGCAGCCCAGGAAUCAGGGGAAUAGAGCGGGUCAGGGCCAACACUGUCGCCACACUUGGCGGCGCAGACGGUAGCAGCACGAAGAGCUACAAGUCCAACUUCAUGUUUGGCACGAUUCGCAAUCCGACGGGUACGCAUAGCAGCCUUGUCAGAGAAAUCAUGAGCACAAUCACGAACAGCAGAAUGAGCGGCAUGUCUAGCGAAAUGAUGAGGAAUUCCAGAUGAGGCGUCAUGAUACCCAUGAACUUGCAUGGAAUGAACAACUUGCUUUGCAGAUGUAGUCAUCCACGGGGGCCCAGAAACCUAUGUUUCACCAUUGUCAGCGCGAGGGCAAACAAACCCGCGAGCACGAGCACGAGCACCACGCACAAGAGCUGGAGCCGAAUGCUUGUGCACCGGAGUCACCACAACAUGGCGGUGGACGCAAUCAAAACACUGCAAGCAGAGGGCUUGAACCAAAAUGGCUACGUAUCAGCGUUGACUCGCUCUUGCUGGAUGCUGGGUCAGAACCCCUCGGAGGGUAUAGGCACUGGUGACCCUCGCC